AUGGCCGAACCACCCCGCGACAUCUCGUCCAUCCUUGCUGCCCUAGGCGCAGCACAAAGAGGCACGUCCUCGACACCCACCCAAUCCCAGCCUGGCAUGCCGCCUGGAUACCCUCCUCCUCCCGGUGCCCAACCUCCGUCAUACCCUCCAAUGCCGCAGAGUGCGCCUCCUUACGGCGCAAGCGGAGGUUACCAGCUGCCUCAGCCCUCCGCGAGCGGCAGUCUCGAUCUGAGCUCUAUCCGGCCCGUCAACUCUGGCACUGUGAGCAUCGCCGACGCCAUCGCCCAAGCUAAGGCCUUUGCCGCUGAGAAGGGCGUUGCCUCCUACGACCGACCCCUCGUCUACUCCAACGAGCCUCCGCGCCAGGAUUCUCGUGGAGGCUACCACCGAAGCUCGCGAUCUCGUUCGCCUCCCAACCGUCGCGACCAGUUCCGCGACAACUUCAACCCGUACAGAGAUGAACGACGCGGCGACGAACGUCCUCGCGAUUACGGUCGCGAACGGUCCUAUAGUCCAGGCCCCCGUGGUCGCGCCUUCUCGCCGCGCAACUCCAACGCCAGAGAACGGUCACCACUCCGAGCCAGCGGCGGCGGCGGCGGCGAUGACAACGCCGAGACUAUCCAGAUUGAGUCCAGUCUCGUUGGACUGAUCAUUGGUCGCCAAGGCGAGAAUCUGCGCCGAAUAGAAUCCGAGUCCAGCUGCCGGGUGCAGUUUCUCCCGUCCAGCGACAAUGGUCCCUUCCGCCAGUGCAAGAUUACCGGCCCCAGGGCUCGACGCAGUGAGGUGAAGACCGCCAUCAACCGCAUCAUUGAAGACAGCGGCAUGGGGGCCAUCAACCGCGGCGCUGCGAACCCGAAGGGAGCUCCUCGCGACAACCGCGGCGCAGGUGCAGCAGCAGCAGCCGCAGGCGCCGCUGCUUUGAGAGACGGCGAAGAUUGUAUGCAGAUUAUGGUGCCCGAUAGAACCGUUGGCCUCAUUAUUGGUCGUGGCGGUGAGACGAUCCGCGACUUGCAGGAGCGAUCUGGUUGCCACAUCAACAUUGUCGGCGAGUCUAAGAGCGUUAACGGCCUUCGACCUGUCAAUCUCAUUGGUUCGCAAGAGUCUGCUGCUCAAGCGAAGGAUCUCAUCAUGGAGAUUGUGGACAGCGAUAGUCGAAAUGACGGCCAGCCUGCCGCCCCGGCUAAGAAGCCGCCCAGGCAGGAUAGUGGUCAUCAGAGAGAUGCUGGCCCGCAGGCUGGAGGUCCCGACAAAAUUCACGACGCUAUUUACGUUCCUUCCGAGGCUGUCGGUAUGAUUAUCGGCAAAGGUGGUGAAACCAUUCGGGACAUGCAGAACGGUACCGGAUGUAAGAUCAACGUUGCCCAAUCUUCAGGACCAGGGGAGGUCCAGCGCGAAAUUGCUCUCAUCGGCUCGCGCGAUAGCAUCGCCCGUGCAAAGCAAGCAAUCGAAGAGAAGGUUGAUGCCGUGCGUCAGAAGAACUCCGGAGGCGGUGGCGGAGGCGGCGGUGGUGGUCGCGGUCGCCAGAACCAGGAUUACAGUGACAGAAGCUACUCUCAACAGGGAUCUAACCCACCAGCAUCAGGAUCGACUAAUCCCCCAGCUGCGCAAGCUCCAGCCGGAGCCGAUGGCGCGGACCCCUAUGCCCAGUGUGAGUGA